AUGGUUAAAUCUCCUAGUCUAUGCGGUGGACGGCACGAAGAUGGAGUUCGAAAAGUCUUCGCGCCAUUUUUCUCCUGUUGUGCCGUGUUUGUCAACAUAAAAAGCAAGAAAGUGGCUCAAAAAUUAUCAUUCCUCCGCAAUUUUGCAACAUUUUUCCAUAAAAAAUUAACCAUGCACACCCGUGGGGCAUUUAUAGUACUUGAGGGAUGCGAUAGAUCUGGAAAGAGUACGCAAUCUCAGAAAUUAGUGGAUAAGUUGCAGAAGAAUGGAGUUGAUGCCAAAUUGAUAAAAUUCCCAGAUAGAGAUACAGAAUGUGGGAAGUUAAUUGAUGAAUACCUAAGGCAGAAGAAGCCCCUGACAGAUGAGGGCAUUCACUUGCUGUUCAGCACAAACAGAUGGGAAGCAAAGAAUUCCAUUGAGGAGAGUCUCAUGAAGGGGACAACGCUAAUCUGUGAUCGUUACUCCUACUCAGGGGUAGCAUUCAGUGUAGCCAAGGGGAUGUCACUGCAGUGGUGUAAAGCCCCCGAAGAGGGACUCACAAAGCCUGAUCUUGUUUUCCUGCUCACCCUGCCCAUUGAGAAGAUUAUGCAACGUGGUGGAUUUGGCGGGGAGAGGUACGAGAAGAAACAAAUGCAGCAGGAAGUCAUAAAGAUCUACGAACUCCUGAAGGAAGACUACUGGCUGGAAAUCGAUGCUGAUCAAACACAGGAAGCACUCCUUGAUGUUCUCUACAAUAAUAGCCUAGAAGUCAUCCGGAAGGUAGGUGGCAAACCACUGGAACAUCUCUGGACAUGAGCACCAUCUAAAAUGAAUUUUCUCUAUAAGAUAAAUUGUGAAUUAUGUUGUCUGACUGAGAAAUAAAUGGGAUUGAGUAAUACA